UAGCAGUGCCAAGGCCAAAGCGUUAAACCUAGUUCCCUUACUUCCACUACUAAUGGAGCUCACACCGACACUGCCCAUGGCCAUGGCCUUGAUCACCAUCCUCACCGUCCUCGUCGUCAGCUCCGCCUUGUCACGGCGCCGCCAGGGUAAGGCCCUGAAACUCCCGCCGGGACCGCGGGGCUGGCCAGUGCUCGGCAGCCUCGGCGCCCUCACGGGCGUGCUCCCGCCCCACCGCGCUCUGGCCGCGCUCGCGGCUCGUCACGGCCCGCUCAUGCACCUCCGUCUGGGUUCCUACCACGCCGUCGUCGCCUCCUCCGCCGACGCCGCCCGGCUCGUCCUCAAGACUCACGACCUCGCCUUCGCCGACCGCCCCCACACCGCUGCCGGCGAGCACGCCGCUUACGGGUACCUUGGUAUCGUGCACACACCGUAUGGCGCAUACUGGCGUAUGGCGCGCAGGCUCUGCGCCACCGAGCUCUUCUCCCCGCGUCGCGUUGACUCGUACGAGUAUAUUCGGAAACAGGAGCUCCGGUCGCUCGUGUGUGGCUUGUUCGAAUGCCGCGGCCGUGCCAUCGCGGUCCGGCAGCACCUGGCGGACGCCACUCUGCGGAAUGUCCUGCGCAUGUCGGUCGGGGAGAAGUGGUCGGGCUGCUACGGCAGCCCCGAGGGUGAGGAGUUCAGGCGCACGCUUGACGAGGCGUUCGCCGUGACCGGAGCGGUGAGCAACGUCGGCGAGUGGGUGCCAUGGCUCGGGUGGCUCGACGUGCAGGGCUGCGUCCGGAGGAUGAAGCGGUUGAGCAAGGUGUACGAUCGGUUCCUCGAGAGGAUCCUCGAUGAGCACGACGAGGAGCGGUGCAAGGUGGCGAUGGCUACCGGAGCUGGCCACGGCGAUUCCGCUGCACCGGGGGACCUUGUGGACGUGCUGAUGCAGCUCGCCGAGGAGGAAGGCGAGACGGUUGGGACGUCAUCAACGGAAGCAAGGCUCACGCGUGACGGUGUCAAGGCCUUCAUCCAGGACAUCAUAGCCGGUGGCACGGAGAGCUCUGCGGUGACCAUGGAGUGGGCCAUGUCGGAGCUCUUGCGCCGGCCGGAUGCCGCCGCCGCCGCCGCCGACGAGCUCGACCGCGCGGUGGGCCGCAGCCGGUGGGUCGAAGAGAGCGACCUGGCCCACCUCCCCUACAUCGACGCCGUGGUAAAGGAAACAAUGCGGCUGCACCCAGUGGGCCCGCUUCUAGUCCCGCACAUGGCUCGGGAGGACACGCUGGUCGCCGGCUACGGCGUCCCCGCCAGCGCGCGCGUGCUGGUGAACGUGUGGGCCAUUGCGCGAGACCCGGCAUCGUGGCCCGACCGGCCCGACGAGUUCCGGCCCGAGCGCUUCGCCGGGAGCGCCGUGGACGUUCGUGGGCAGCACUUCGAGCUGCUGCCGUUCGGUGCCGGGCGGCGGAUGUGCCCGGCGUACGGGCUGGCGAUGAAGGUGAUAAGCGCCGGCCUGGCCAACCUGCUGCAAGGGUUCGCGUGGCGGCUGCCGGAGGGGGUCUCGCCGGAUGACCUGAGCAUGGAGGAGCACGUCGGGCUGUCGACCCGCAGGAAGGUGCCACUCGUCGCCGUCCCGGAGCCCAGGCUGCCGGCGCAUCUCUACACCGCCAUGACCUGAUCGGAACCGUGCAUGGCCAAACAAUUUCCCGAACAGUUGAUGCAAUCGACUGAAUUAGCUAACCGCAGCUUAGUGGAGCAUCCACAGCAUCUUUCCAGGUCUCCUAUCAUCCACAGACCACAGCAUCUUUCCUUGUUUCUCCAAGUCUCGAGAACGUCGCGACAAGCGAGUUGCCUAGGUCUUUUUCCUAGCACACCACCUGAGUUGUUUGUUUCUAGUGUGUGGCUUCGGAAUUGUACGUACCAUUACUCUCUUUGGAUGUACCUUU